AUGUCAGCUAGUCAAUGGGAUAAGAAAGGUAUGGAUAUUGCCUAUGAAGAAGCUGCCAAAGGUUACGCUGAAGGUGGUGUUCCAAUUGGUGGCUGUUUAAUCAAUAACGAAGAUGGUACCGUCCUUGGUCGUGGUCACAACAUGAGAUUUCAAAAGGGUUCUCCAACUUUACAUGGUGAAAUAUCCACGUUGGAAAAUUGUGGUAGAUUGGCUGGAAAAGUUUAUAAGAAUACCACUAUGUAUACCACUUUGUCUCCUUGUGAUAUGUGUACAGGUGCCAUUAUCAUGUAUGGUAUCCCACGUUGUGUCGUUGGUGAAAAUGUUAACUUCAAGAGUCCAGGUGAAAAACAUUUGGUGGAAAGAAACGUCGAAUUGGUCAUACUUGAAGAUGAAAGAUGUAAAUCUAUCAUGAAGAAAUUCAUCGAGGAAAGACCAGCUGACUGGUUUGAAGAUAUCGGAGAAUAA